CCUUCCUAACUCUGGCUGUGUCUGUAGUCGCCGAGCACUCUGCCUCCGAGACAGCAAGACCUUUCCUCCGGGAUUCUGCUGCUACCAUGGCAGAUGAGAAGAGACUGUCUGCGAGGCGUAAGCAUACUCUGAAAGGAUCCAUGCUGCUGGUUGCCACAAAUCUGUUGGACGCUGAAUCGAAUGUGAAAGUGUCGGAGAGAGAGAAGUUCCUGGAGGAGAAGGUUCCUGCUCUGGAGCUGCCGUACUCCAGGGACGAGCUGCUGGGGCUUGUUAAGACACUCCAUGAUCAGAUCGACCUCGGAGAGGAGGAGAGAUACAGCAUCGAGUUCAAACUGAACAUGGUGCUCAACGAGGUCCGAGACCUCAACAUAAAGAUUGUGGAUCUGAGGGGAAAGUUCAAGAGACCCCGUCUGAAGAAAGUCAGAAUGUCUGCAGACGCCAUGUUGAAAGCUCUUCUGGGCUCAAAACACACCGUGAACAUGGACCUGAGAGCAGGUCUGAAGCAGGUCAAGAAGGAGGUCAAAGAGGAGGACAAGCAGCUGCGCGAUGCCGGAGAUUGGCGUAAGAACAUUGAAGACAAGUCUGAUAGGAAGAAGAUGUUCGAUAGUUAAAUGUGAUUGUUGCAGGUCUGAUGUCUUUGUAACUGAAGAGUUUUAUUCCAAAAUGCUUCAUAUCCACAUUAAAAACCUACAUUAUACUUGUAUUGACUGCCGUGGAAGGAUAUAUGUUAAAACAUUUGAAUACUUUGGAUAAUCGUUGAUGUAAAAUGACUCAAGCUAAGAAAUAUGAUAGUGUUUAUGGUACAGUAAGUGAUGAAUGAAAGUCCAAUUAAUUCAAUUAAAGUAUUUUUAUCUAAUGCAUAAGUUCAGUUUCACAGUUUUUACUUACAUUUACUAAAAUCUGUAAUAAAUGUCGGGUAGAUGAGACUGGUUUCUGGAUAUUUUGCGUUGGAACAAAACUCUUCAGUUGAAUCCAAGCUGCCUUCUGCUUUUGUCUGUAUUGACACUGUAGUGUGAUUAAUUUGUACUGUAUGUACUGAUGUAAGUAUUAGUACACGAGUGGUAAAUCCAUCCUGCUGUUCUCUGACAUCUGACUUAUGCUUCUGCAGCAAAACAUUGCUAAACCUGCUAGAAACCUACCUUUCUCUACACAAAAACUAAACUCCAGUAAUCAAAUGACCUAAUUCAAUAGUAUUUGAUAACCUACAUUUUCUCUUAUUCUAAAACUGACCAUGCCAAUUUUCGGCAGCCAUUCGUCUCACGUAUAGAAAUAGACCAUUCCCAGUAAAAGAGGAAAAUUGUUUAACGCUAGCCAAUAAAUUGGGUUAGCCUGGCAAGCUAACGCUCAGUAAUGGAUGAAACAAUCACAAGUUGCUUUAGCAUGUCAAGCUAACAGUCAAGGAUAUAUGAACAAAACCACAAGCUGCGUUAGCAUGUCCAGCUAAAAGUCAGUAAUGGAUAAAAAAAAACACACAUGGCGUUAGCCUGGCAAGCUAACGGUCACCAAUGGAUGAAACAACCACAAGUUGUGUUAUCUUUUCAAGCUAACGGUCAGUAAUGGAUGAAACAACCACGAGUUGUGUUAUCUUUUCAAGCUAACGGUCAGUAAUGGAUGAAACAACCACGAGUGGUGUUAUCUUUUCAAGCUAACGGUCACCAAUGGAUGAAACAACCACAAGUGGUGUUAUCUUUUCAAGCUAACGGUCAGUAAUGGAUGAAACAACCACGAGUUGUGUUAUCUUUUCAAGCUAACGGUCACCAAUGGAUGAAACAACCACAAGUUGUGUUAUCUUUUCAAGCUAACAGUCACCAAUGGAUGAAACAACCACAAGUGGUGUUAUCUUUUCAAGCUAACGGUCAGUAAUGGAUGAAACAACCACGAGUGGUGUUAUCUUUUCAAGCUAACGGUCACCAAUGGAUGAAACAACCACAAGUGGUGUUAUCUUUUCAAGCUAACGGUCAGUAAUGGAUGAAACAACCACGAGUUGUGUUAUCUUUUCAAGCUAACGGUCAGUAAUGGAUGAAACAACCACGAGUUGUGUUAUCUUUUCAAGCUAACGGUCACCAAUGGAUGAAACAACCACGAGUUGUGUUAGCAUGGCAAGCUAACGGGCAGCAAAAGUGAUUUAAAAAACCCAGAACUUAGAUUGCAGAAGUAUAACUCAGCCCUCGUCUGUACUAAACAACAUCAUGCGAUCUUUUCUAAGCUGUUCAAACAGAACUGUGAUGUACUUUAAUCGUCUUGUUGCUGUCACAUUAAAUACAGAAGCUUCAUGUUCA